AAAUUUAAAACCGGAUACGUAAAAGCACGGACUUUCCUUACAUCGGGAUCGAAAUCCAGAAAUAAAAGUGAAAGUAAAACCCAACUACCACACCUACAUUUUGAGCCGAAGUGUCAUUGCAUUGGGUCGAAGUGUCUUUGGGCCGAAGUGUCUAGUGAAUAUAUACCGAAUUUCGAAUUUCGAACCGAACCCAAUGUAAGCGAUAAACGUAUUAACUUCACUGCGAAUGUUAAUGAAAUGACAGAGGAUGACACAGAAUGCUGCAGUAUCUGUGCCAAAUGCAGCAGGCUUGUGGAGGAGGACUCUUUCAUUCAAGCCUUAGGAAAUGAAUGGCAUUCCAAUUGUUUUCGGUGUUCCCGCUGCAAUAGAUGCCUGUCCAACUGGUACUUUGAGAAGAAUGGGGAGUUAUUCUGUAAGCAGGAUUAUUGGACACUGUAUGGAGAGUCCUGUAACAGAUGUAACCUGGUUAUCACAGGACCACUUAUGGUUGCAGGUGACCACAAGUAUCACCCAGAAUGUUUCCAGUGUCAUAACUGCAAUGCCUUCAUAGAAGAUGGACAAACCUAUGCUCUGGUAGAAAGGUCUAGAUUGUUCUGUGGAGAGUGCUACAAAACAAGGAUGAGACCAGUUCUGAUCACAUCUCCCAACCAGAGACGGGGAAUUCAUUCCAUACAGCUGAUUGAAAUCCCACCCACCCCAGAAGGACAAAGAAGCUUCAGACUUGAUCACAAACUGGGUCCAGAACUGGAUGCUGUAAAUGUCAGAGACAAGAUUGUAGAAGUGAAUAGGAUUCCAGUGAAGGAGAGUUCUGUUGGAGAGAUUGAGCAGAUUUUGCAAAAUACCAGAGAAACAUUGCAUCUAACAUUAGAGAGGGGAACAUCCCUCUCCCUGUCUAAGAGCCAGACAGAUUACAAGGGGAACAACUGCUAUCUUGAUGCCAAUGACUCUGCUGUCGUUAAUGUUAAGAGUCAACCAACAGAGAAAACCAUUGAUGGAGUCAGUGUAAAAAUCAGAGCCAAAAAAGAUCAAAUGAAUAAGAACACAUCCAGAAGACGGAGUAAGUCUCCAUCACCCAUGUCAUCACGGAUCAGAAGUAUUGACCUUAGUCGAACAUCUUCCUUAAAGACUCAGCCUGCAGCACACAGAGUUUUCAGGGCCACAGACCUUAUACAGGGAGAAGUUCUGGGCAAAGGUUUCUUUGGUCAAGCCAUCAAGGUGACCCACAAAGUGACUGGGGAGGUUAUGGUGCUAAAAGAAAUGUACAGAUUUGAAGAAGAAGUUCAGAAAAGCUUUCUCAAAGAGGUCUCUGUAUUAAGGAGUGUCAACCAUCCACAUGUGCUGCGUUUUAUGGGUGUUCUAUAUAAGGACAAAAAACUAAAUUUGGUCACAGAGUAUGUAUCUGGUGGCACUUUAGGAGAAUUGCUGAAAAAUUUCUCAGUUUUUUUAUCCUGGAAACAAAGGGCUGAAUUUGCAAAGGACAUUGCACAAGGAAUGGAAUAUCUGCACUCCUUGGGAAUCAUACACAGAGACUUAAAUUCCAACAACUGUUUUGUCAAAAAAAACAUGACUGUAAUAGUUGCUGAUUUUGGAUUGGCCCGAGUUUUGCCAGAUCAAUACCAUUGCCCAGACCAGAUCAAAUCAGCGAAAAGCAAGCACCGUUAUCAACGCAAGAAACGAUACACAAUGGUGGGUAGUCCUUAUUGGAUGGCCCCCGAGAUGUUAAAGGGCAAAAGUUAUGAUGAAAAAGUGGACCUCUUUUCUUUUGGCAUCAUUGUGUGUGAGAUUCUAGGUAGAAUUGAAGCAGAUCCAGAUAUUUUACCCAGAACAAUUACUUAUGAAUUGGAUGUCAGGCAGUUCUUCCAAAAAUUCUGCUUAGAAAAAGACUUUCCAGUUUCAUUCUUUAAAAUUGCGACCAUGUGCUGUCAAAUGAUACCAGAAUGCAGCGUAGGUGAGACAUCAAUUGUGUUUACACAAGAGAGGUAUGCAAAGAUUGAAGGUCACAAUUACUGGCUCAAAUUGUGCCGACAACACAACUGGAACAAAUUAUGGCAGUACUUAAUACGCAAACCAACCUUUGACCGAGUCAGCAUCUGGACAGAGAGUCUUUUGGUUCAUUUGGAACAUGGUGGGCCAUUACCUCCAGAACUGCAGGGUGAUCCCAUUGAAAACUAUUAUGCUCUCAAAGAAGGACGAGUUCCUGAAAGUAUGUCUCGCAAAUCAUUGGAUACAAUCACAGAACUAAAUGGACCACCUGUGCCUGUAAAGUGUGCAGCUGAAAAUAUCCCAGAGACAGCAAGUCAGACAUUUGGAAGAGGCAGAAGUUACAGUGAAAAUUCUGUGUCCAGGUCUUCUGACCUUCUGUCAGUAACUUCUUCAAACAUUGAGGAAUCUUUGAGUGACAUUGAUACAUGUGUAGAUGGAGUUUCCACCAUUCUUGAUAAGCUAAAUUUUCAGGAAAGUACAAGUGACACGGAGAUUCCCUACACAUUUGGGGAAACUAAACUCUCCCUUCCAGUCCCCAUUACCAAAUUAAGUGACACUGAAAUUGGCUUUGAAUGUUACCAGUGCAAUACUUCCAACUUUAAAAAACCAAAUCCAACAAAAUUUAAAACAAACAUGUACUCAGAUUCAGUAAAUAACAAAAAGUUUGAUGACAGUGAUGUCCAAUUUCCAGAGAACAGUCUUAUAACUUCUACACCAAGUGAUGAGCAGUCUUCAUUGUGUGAAAUGAAACCAUUUAAUAGACUGGCACAUACUGUGAAUAACAGUAAUUAAGGGUCAUAGAUGUACAGCCAAAUAAAACAAAAUUAGCUUUUAGUGAUCUUAAACUAUUCGAAUAGUUUUAAAGAUGAUGUGUUAAAAACUUGAAUUCAACAUACUCUUCACAUAAGGUAUUUUGAUGAAAGGUGAAGAUAAGGAACAGUGAUCAAUCUCAUAACUCUUAUAAGGAAUACAAAAUAUAUAGUUGGGCAAACACGAUCCCCUGGAUAUACCAGAGGUGGGAUCAGGUGCCUAGAAGGAGUAAGCAUCCCCUGUUGACUGCUCACACCCAUCAUGAGGUCUAUAUCUUCUUUUUUUAGCCGAGUUGCAACGAAGUUGAACUCGGCUAUUGGUUUGGUGAUGCGGGCGGGCAGGCGUCAACAUUUGGUUUCCGGAUGAUAACUCGAAAAGUUUACAAUCUAAUCAAAUGAAACUUUGAUAUAUUGUUGGGUACCAGGUAAGGAAGACCCCUAUUAAUUUUGGAGGAAAAUGGUCAAAGGUCAAGGUUACAGUGACCGAAAAUAGAGUGAAAAUUUCAGAAAAAUUUGGUUUCCGGAUGAUAACUCAAAAAGUUUAAAUCCGAAUCAAAUGAUACUUAAAGAUAUUGUUAUGUACCAGGUAAGGAAGACCCCUAUUGAUUUUGGAGAAAAUAGGUCAAAGGUCAAGGUCACAGUGACCGAAAAUAGAUUUAAAAUUCCAAAAAAAAAUUGGUUUCAGGAGGAUAACUCGAAAAUCUUUAAUUUGAAUCAAAUGAAACUUGGAUAUAUUGUUGGAUACCAACAAAGCAAGGCUACUAUUGAUUUUUGAGGAAAAAGGUCAAGGUCACAGUGACCGAAAAUAGAUUGAAAACUUCAGACAAAUAUGGUUUCUGAACAGUAACUCGAAAAGUUUAAAACUGAAUCAAAUGAAACUUGGUUAUAUUGUUGGAUAGCAGGUUAGGAAGACCCCCUAUUGAUUUUGGAGAAAAAAGGUCAAGGUCACAGUCCUGAAAAAAGAUUGAAAAUUUUAGAAAUAUCUGGAUCUGCAUGAUAACUCUAAAAGUUUAAAUCCGAAUAUUCACAAUUAUAAAUAUGCCACAUCAUUCCUGACUUUACAAUGUAUCCCAUGCAACUCGGCUCAUGCACCCCUGGGUGCAUAUAUUGAUUUUAUUUAUUAUUAUUUUUCAACAUUCUGUAAAUAGUUCAUGGUAUAUAUUUAGAAAGAAGGAGAGAGAGAGAGAGAGCUAUGAAAAUAUUUGGUUCCAUCUGUUCCAAAGGGCAUCAACAUUUUCAGCAUCACCAUUUUUAUAAGAAAUGAAUUUUUGUGUUUCAUGGAAUAACUUUAAAAAUGAUAAUGCAAAACGCACUCAAAUUUUUCUCUGUACACCUUGCUGUAUAAAUAUGAUACUUUAUACCUGAGGCCUAUAUCUUGAUCAGGUAAAAGAGUAAUAGUCAAAAUCAGUGUGCCAAGAACGGCCUAACAAUUGGUAUUAAACUUGUCAGACAUUAUUUGAUGCAAUGAUAGAUUGUAUUGGCAAACUAGAUAAUUUGCGAAAUGCUGACAUUAAACAAAAUAGUUGAAACCCCUGUAGUAUCAACUUGUUAGUCCGUAGCCUGCCUCAAUUUUAAAACUGAUCCUUGUAUAUCAAAUUAGUUGAGAAAUAUACACACUACAUGCAGGUGAUAAUGGAAUAUUGCUACAUAAGUAUGGGAAGUUGACAACAGAGAGGCUGAAAUCAUCCCGUUUGUCAUAAAGUUGAGUUGUUAGUUUCCCGUUAAUAUUUCUUUUCAAUAAAACAUCAAAUAGAAGCAGAUGUGGAGGACUCUGUGGUGUCUUUUAUUUCGAGUUCACAGGGGUAAAUCGAAUCGACAUGAAACAUUGAUGUACAUUGAUUAUUGUAAAGCGCUUUGAACAGCAUACGCUGGAAAAGGCGUUAUAUAAAACCAAUCAUUAUUAUUAUUUAUUAUUAUUAUAAGAAUGAAAAUUAUUAAUGUUUAUAGAUAAAACAUUGUUGUUAUAUCAAAUUGUCAAGUUGAAGGCCACAGCAAGAGAUUUUUUCUUCACAUGUAGAAGCUUUUGAAUAAACUUUGCUUCAUAGGAAUAUGAAAACAGGUCAGCUAGCAAAGGAGCACAAUUCGUGCUUAUGGGAAUUCCAACAGACUUUUGGGAGACCUGAUCACAAAAGACUAUGAAGAUAUUUUCAAUGAGGGAACUCCAGCAUAUUUUUUAUUUCAACUUCAGAGUACUUUUACGUGGAAUCAGAGUGGUGUUUAACAAUGUAAUUUUUUUGGAUGACUGAUCACUAGAUAUGAAUAUUUUUCUUUUCCUGUUGAAGAAACAACAGUCUAUAAUGUCAAAAAGUCUAGUCUUUAAUUUAUCAUGAGGAAUGGUCCCGUAAAAUGUUGAAAAGUCCCUACAUUUAGAUGUUGUUGAUUUGAAAAAAAGUUUUGAGAUUUCAGUUUACUUAAAGUUCUUUAGAUAUGACACACUAAAAAUUGGAUAUCUAGCAACUCAUUUUUAGCUCCCCUCAGCUGAAAGCUCAAGUGAGCUUUUCUGAUCUCCUGUUGUUCAUCGUCUGUCCAUAAAGUUUUACAUUUUGACUUCUUCUCCAGAGCCACUGCGCCAAUUCAACCAAAGUUGGCAAAAAGCAUCCCUGGGUGAAGGGCUUUUAAGUAUUUCAAAUAAAGGGCUAUGCACCCUUCAAAGGCAAAAACAGGGUGGGGUCACUUAAAAUUUUUCUCAAGAAUCACUGGCCUAGAAGGGUUGAAAUUUACAUGAACGCUUCCUGACAUAUACAGAGGCAACAUUCUAAAAGACGUUGAAAAGGGAAGUUUUCCCCGAAAAAGGGUUUCUUUGGGGGAUAAAAAAGAGACAAAUGGGGCAUGGUUUUUUUGGGGGGUGGGGGGAUUAAGUAAAACCACGAUGAAAGCGGAGCGAAUAACAUGAGUAUAUACCGACGCAAAAUCGUUUCCUUGCAUUGAAAUAUUAAAAAACCGAACAAGUCUUUAAACAUUUUGCGUCGGUAUAUACUCAUGUUAUUCGCUCCGCUCCGCAUUAGAAUUGAUGAGAGUUGGCUGUCUGUGGUCUCCGCUACAUGGAUUAUAAACAAAUAGCGGAGCGAAUAACAUGAGUAUAUAUAUACAGAGGCAACAUUCUAAAAUACGUUGGAAGGGAAGUUUUACCUGGAAAAGGGUUUCUUUGGGGGAUAAAACAGAGAAAAAUGGGGCUUGGUUUUUUUUUUGGGGGGGGUGGGGGGUGGUAAGGAGGAUUAAGUAAAACCACGAUGAAAGCGGAGCGAAUAACAUGAGUAUAUACCGACGCAAAAUCAUUUCCUUGCAUUGAAAUAUAAAAAAAAAAAAAAAAAAAACGAACAAAUUUUUAAAUAUUGAAA